AUGUCCAAAGCCACUUCGUUUGUUCGUGAAUAUAAGUUAGUUAUGGUUGGUGGUGGAGGUGUUGGUAAAUCGGCCUUGACUAUUCAAUUUAUCCAAUCACACUUUGUAGACGAAUAUGACCCUACCAUUGAAGACUCAUACCGUAAGCAGUGUAUCAUUGAUUCAGAGACAGCUUUAUUAGAUGUAUUGGAUACAGCCGGUCAAGAAGAAUACAGUGCCAUGCGUGAACAAUACAUGAGAAAUGGAGAAGGAUUCUUGCUAGUAUACUCUAUUACUUCUCGUAUGUCAUUUGAAGAAAUUACAACAUUUUAUCAGCAGAUUUGUCGUGUGAAGGAUAGAGAUUAUUUCCCUAUGGUAUUAGUGGGCAAUAAAUGUGAUUUAGAAACAGAUAGACAAGUAUCUAGUCAAGAAGGAAGAGACUUGGCAAAGAAUUUUGGAUGCCAAUUCAUUGAGACAUCAGCCAAACAACGUAUCAAUGUAGAUGAAGCCUUUUUUGAAGUAGUUAGAGACAUUAGAAGAUACAACAAGGAGCAAGAAACCCGAGGGAAUAAUGAUCAUCAAUUUGGUAUUCAAGAUAAUCAAGAUGUAGCUUCUGAUAAAUGCUGUAUCUUGAUGUAA